AUGAGCAUCAACAUACAGCAACACUACAACGACAUAUGCUUCAACUCUCUCACAAGUCUCCACAAACUGCCGAAGAACGUUGGCGACGACAACAGCGACGAAGACGACGACGAGGAAGACGACGACGACAACAACAACAGCCUCAACAACGACAACGAUGAUAACGUACCACAGCAGCAACAACAACAACAAUCUCAACUACCACAGCAGCAGCCAAAAUCCAAGCAGCAAACACGUGAACGAGAACAUCUGUUGAGUCACGAACGACAACAAGAAGAUCGGCGGAAGCUGCAGAACAUGCAGGAGCUGCUGGACGUACAGCGCAAGUUUCAACAAUUUCAACAAGACCUGCAGCAGAGGAAGUUGCUGAAAGCUCAAAAUUCUCAACAGCUCUCUCCUACUGAUGAGGAGAUAAACUUGUUGAUGGAGAGAGCUGGGUUCAUUGAAGAAAGAGGUUGGAGCAGAAUUUUUGGCGGGAAAUGGUGGUUCAUAGAGCCUUCGGUGGCAAGCUUUACGUUCAUGUGCUGCCUCCUGGCCAUGAUCAAUGGCGCGUUGACGGCUGGCUACGUCAGCAGGUGGCAGCUUAAGGCAUUUUGUCAGUUCUCUAACAUCGCAGACGAAGCCAACGGGGAUAUUUCCCAGGAAAAGAUUUUGAAAUUAAAGUCUUCAUAUUUUUGAAGUAGUUUGACUUUUAAACCUUUGUAUUCGUUAAUUUUGUGUUGUUUGGUUUUUAAAAGAUUAGUCUCGUGGCGGGUUGUGAGUUCUAGUACGUACACGUUUCUAUUUUCCGUUAUGCAAUUGUCCGGGCGAUGUGAGGGUUCGAAAAUAUCUGAGAUUAGUUUAACUCCAGUUGUCAUAGCAUCUGCAAACAGAUUUUGAUUAGGCCUUUUAAUAGAUGGAUAAUAGAAGAUCCAUUCUAUCGGUAUUCCUUUCAAUAAAUACCGACAAU